GGGUUUGUUGCUGUGUGGUGUGUACGACGGACGCCGACGGAAAUUGUGAAGUCGUGUGCGUGCGUGAGUUAAUUAAAACAUGACUUUGAAACGUAUUUAUGCUGCCUCGAAUUUGCAAUUAGAUGCUCAAAACAUAAAUUAGUAUGUCGGGGAUCACUCUGGCCGGUGGACCACCCGGUGGCUCCUUCGAUAUGGGCGACAGUUCAGGUCGGGCCCUCAAGUUGCAGACGGACGUGCCCCAUUUGGUCAGUAUGGGCGGCGACAGGCUCAGCACUUCGGUGACGCUGCACCAUAUUCCGCCAGGUCGCGUGACCUUGGGUUGUGGAUCGGGCGUUGACAUUCCCGUUCAGGGUACAGGAGUCUUACCUCUCCACUGUCACAUCGAAAAUAGCGAGGGAGUCGUGACCAUCUACCCCUUGUCCGAAAACCUGUCCAUCGACGGGGUUAAAGUGACCGGCCCUACCAGAUUAUCGCAAGGUGUCAUGCUUACCAUCGGACGUUCGAAUUACAUGCGCUUUAACCACCCGGUAGAAGCGAAACUAAUGAAAUCGGUGCUUCCAAACCCUCGAAUUUCUAUGGCUCCCAUCACUUUCGAACCAGCCGACGUGCCUUAUCAACCCAAGUUCAAUAAAAAACCGCCUACGGCGCCCCGAAAGAGCCCCCGAGAAUCCCUAUCGGAUAGCGGAAGCGACGAUGCCCCGUCCAGUAUUAUGACCAAAGUGUCGAAAUUCGAAUAUUUGGCCGCUCAAAACUUGAAAAAGGCGUAUUCGCCGAAAGUCUUCUCGUCCAAUGUACCAACCGUCAAUAUGCCCGUCAAAGACGUUCUCGGAAAGGACCUGAACAGUCUCAAGAAAAAUUUGCCUCAGAGUGCCUUAAAUUACGCGGAUCUCAACUAUAACGACAAGGAACAAAACAAAAAUCCAGGUCAGCCGAUUUUUGCGAGGCGUCAGCCUCAGUACGUCAACGUGGAACUGAGUGAAACGAAAACGAUAAACAACAGGGUGAUGAUAUACGAAAACGGGUGCGUACCGAAGAAGAAUCCGAACGUCAGUUUCGACCACAACGACUUAAGCGGCAGGCCCGCCAAAAACGUGAACGUCUUCAACAAAAUCAACGUCCCGUCGCCCAGUUUCAAUCGAAACCCCAGUCAGUAUAAUCGGAGCGUCACGCCGAGCCCCGCGUCGAACAACAUUCACUUCGAGCAUCGGAGAAGCGGAUCUGUGGGCGAAUUAUCCGAUUACCCUCAGGAAGAAUUUACCGAUUUGGAGUACAGGAAACGUGAAGCGGAACUUAGAAGGAACCAGGCCCAGAAAGACCGUAUCAGCGAGCAGAGGAUCGAAAAGGCGGAGCAGCAGAGGCUGGAAGAAAUUUUGAACAUGUGCGCCGAAUAUGAGAAACAGUCUCACGCCCAAUCCGAGAAGACCAAACCCGUUACCCCAAACAGGAUCAUAACGAACGGCUCGUUGCCUAGAGACAAGCGACACCUCGGGCCACCUUCUCCGUCGUAUAGUACACCUCCUUCGUCUCCCUUGGAACUGCUGCAUAGCGAAUUGUUGAAACACAGUAACCACAAUUAUGAAAACCCACAUAAAACGAUACACAAGGAGAGCGUCCAAGUACAAACUGAACCCAAAACCGGACAGUUUAAGCACUCUAAUUCCGUUAGCCCUUACGAGAACAUUUCCAUACCCCAGGGGAAUUCUGGCUCGUUUCCGUCAUCGCCGAGGACGAGGAUCAAAACUUUCGUCACCGCGAAUAAUGGCGGCGGCUUCAAGGACGCGUCCAACAGUAUCGUCGAAAGUAAGUUCGCCGUGCUGGAAACCGAGAAGAAACUGCUGCGCGAAGCUGAGAUUGUGCUCCGUCAGAAUCUUCACAAUUUCAAGGAAGUGAUGCCAGAGAAUCUGGACCUGGUCGAGUUGGAACCACGCAAAACUUCCCCCACGAAAUUUAUAUUCCCUCUGGACGAUAUCGAUCCGUAUUUCGACGGUCGGAAAGAUGGCGCUCGCGACAGCAAUUCUGCUAAGGAGUACAACUUGCUCGAUGCUGGCAAUAGUGUAGAGGAGAGGGAAAAGUUUGGUCAGCUCAAGAAGGAGAAGAAAGAAAUUUUGGCCGUCAUCUCGAGAAUUAAGAGACAAAUGGCGGAAAUCGAGAUUCAAGAGGAAGAACUCCGCAGGGAGCUGGAAUUGGAAAAGGCGCUCAUAAACGGCGAGUACAAGUCCAAGCAGCUCGAGCUUCAGAAAAUCGACACGAAAAAGCAAAAACUCACGAAACGCGCGCAGAGGAUCGAGGAGAGCAUGCGAGAUUGCCAGAUGAAGCAGGACGAAGAUCAGAAGGAGUGCAAGAAGAAGCUGCAGGUCGCGCAGGAGAACAUGAACAGGGUCGAGGACAAGCUGAAAGAGUGCCGGAAAGGCACCAAAGCGUACGACGACGCGUUCGAGGAGUACCUCCAGGCGCAGGAGCAGCUCGACAACGAGAGGAAAACGUUCGAGGACCUGGAAUUUCACCAUUUGGAGGAGGAGGCCGAUUGGUUGGCGACCCGCGAAGAGCUGCAACGCGAAAUCGUCGACCUAUCCAACCGGAUGGAUGACGUCCGUUCCCAUUUGCAAGACUUGGACGAUCAGAGACGCGAAACGUCGAAUACGAACUACAAGGAGUACAAGGCUAUCGAAAAACAGAAGAUGGAGUGCAUGGUGCGGUUGGAGGAGAUCAGGAACCGGCUCAAGUUUAUCGACGGCGAGCUGCUCGCCUUUUCCAACCACGAGAGCGACAAGGACUUGUCGAGCGGCAGCGACAGCGACCUUUCCGGGAUUUCGUCUCCUAAAAUGAGCGGCCUCAGUUGUUCUCUGAUCGUAGGCGAUCAGGGCAAGGCGGGGGGCGGCACGCAAAACGACUUCAACAUGAUGUCGCAGUCGUUCAACGAGAAGCUGUUCGAGGAGAAGACGAUUCUGGAGUGCGCCGCUAAAAAAUUCCCGAGUCAGGACGAUAUCGACCGAAUAAGCAAAGUGACGUCAGACGCGCCGAUCAUCGAGGGUAGACAAUCUCUGGGGAAGAAAACGAUCGAGUCGCUGAAAGAAAUCGAACGGAUUCGACAUUUGCAUUUGUGCGAACAAGGAUCGCAGGUAAUCGAGCAGGAAAGGCAGCGGGUUUUGGCGCUGAAACAGCGCGUUCAGGAAGAGGUGAAAUCGAAAUGGGCCGAACAGCAGGAACGGGAUCGUUCUUCUUCGAUUUCUUCCGAAUCCAACAGGACUCCGAACAGUAGGCCAGAUUCAUCGGAAGACAAGUCGGACAUGCAGCAAUCAAACGACGAAGAAAUAAAUGUGUCGAAAAAUGAAGACAACAGCUCACCGCGACCCCUGUCGGAAGUGAGCGAAAUGAGCUUGGAGGUGGGCGGCGGCACGUUGAACAGGAAACGAACGAAACCAGCGGGCGAUAAACAGCGCCCUCUGACGCGGUACCUUCCUAUCAGAGGUUCCGAUCUUGACCUUAGGCAGCACAUAGAAUCAGCCGGCCAUCAGGUGGUGCUGUGUCCCCACGUCACCAUCACCUCCACCAGCUGCAGGGGGUUCCUGCACAAAAAGGGCUCGAAACUGAACGGCUGGUCCCGCAGGUGGUUCGUUUUCGACCGCAGCAAGCACACGCUCACGUAUUACUCAGACAAAAGCGAGAAGAAAACCAGGGGCGGCGCCUACUUUCAGGCAAUAGAAGAGGUCUACUUGGACCACUUGAACAGCAUCAAGUCUCCGAAUCCGCAGUUGACGUUCGUCGUCAAGACCCACGAGAGGUUCUAUUAUCUGAUGGCCCCGUCUCCGGAGUCCAUGAGGAUAUGGGUGGACGUAAUUUUCACAGGGGCGGAGGGCUACAGGGAGUUCGAUCACGGCACCUGAAGCACGCGAAGCGGCGACGGGGUAUUUCUUUUAGUACCGGAUCGAACGUUGUGAUAUCCGAAACCGGAUCAGUUUGGUUUCGAUCGUAUCGUUACCAUAGAGGAGCCCGGACUAUUUUUUGUAAUUUUACGGCAACCGUGUGCCUUAUCGAAUGUGUAGAGAGAUGAGGAUGCAGCUUUGGCGAUUAGAUAGUGAUGAAUUUUAUGUAUAUUUUUAUAAGGCUAUACCGGAUAUAUACACCACGCUUUUAUCGAAUUAUAAAACUUACACGAAUAAAUAAUAUUUUG